UGCCUCGAAACGUCCUCAGGAGGUUGCUGCAGCGCCGCCCGAACGUUCGGAUCUCGUGGCGGAAGAUUCGCACCCCACCAAGGACGCUGCAGCCAAGUAUACGGCAGGCCAGGACGCUCCCAGGGAGGCAUCGGUUGCACCCCAGGACGAUUCGGACGUGUCUAUGGGUGGCCCAGACCCAUUCAAGAAGGUUUCGAGCGCUCCCUUCUUUGUUUCGGAUGACAGCAUGCUGUAUUCGGACGUGCCAAAACCCGUGGACGACUCUUCGAAUGCACCAGUCGACACUGCAAAAGGUCCUGAGGGUAUCACCGGCGCUCCGUCGCCCAAGUCGAAGGCCCUGGUGGAGGCACCCUCAUCAUUCCUGAAGCCGAAAGACCUCUCAGCACACUCUGCACCGAUGGCUUCGGUGGUGGCACCAUCUUCGAUCCAGGGAAUUGAAGGCCGCGCAGAAGUGGGGUCAACACACAUGAAGAAGUUCGGCAACAUCGGACUAGGCACCUCAUCACUCCGUCCGAAGCGGCCUCAUUCGCCUGAGGGUCAAAGGGAAGCUAGUUCAAAGUUCCCGCGAAAGGGUUCUCGCCUUCCAAGCACCCAAUUCCUGCGAAGGCUUGAAGAAAGCGGUGUUAAGCUUCCACCCAGAUCCUUGACAGCCGAAGGCGUGGGGGGGGCAAGUGUCCUUUAUCGAAAGCCCUACCUGCAACAAGCUGCUCCCCCGCAUCUUGAAACUCACUCGCGCAAGGGCUCGACUUCCGCGACCGAACCCCUCUCCAAGCCGCUCCUGCACCCCGAAUACCACUCAUCCAAGGAGCCGACCUUGGUAGUUCCACCCGUCAAGCCACCGAUGCACCCCGAAUCUUCCUCGCGCAAAGGCUCAGCAUCGGUGGCCGCGCCGCUCAAUAAGCCGACCUGGCCAUCGACUUGGGCAUCUAAGGAUGAUGCGGAUUCAGAGGACAUAUACAUUCGGGGCCUUUCAGUCCUGAAGGAGCAUCAGUCGAACAACAGUGCCCACGAGUCCAAAAUGGGGUCCCUCCUCAACGAAGCUGCUGUCGAAUUGGCAGAGAGGCGCCACGAACGCGACGAAGCCGUGGCUUGGGCGACCCAGGUCCAAGAAUACAGUUCCCAACUAGCUGGUCAGAAUCAAUCUUUGCGCUCCAGCCUUGGCACGUACCACGAAAGUAUGAAGCGGCUUCGACAAGAGCGCGAUGCCGCCGUUUCGAAGGCCGCAGAGCACGAGAAGCAGCUCACGAAUCUGGCUGCCGAACACGAUAACUGCCUCCACAAUUUGGCAGCGGAGUCGGCUUCUCACAACGAAACCCGUGCCAAACUUCAAGCCCUUCAGACCAAGUUCGCGGCCGUGACCGAAGAGUUCGACGGCAACACCUUCUUCAUGGUGGACCUGCUGCAUCAAAUGCAGAAUCAACCUGAGUCUGCAGGUGCCACUUCAGGUCCGCAGAUCGAAGCUGCUGCGUUGCACGGCAAUCAAGUCGCUACUCUCCAGACGCAAUUGAACGAACUGCAAAGCACUUUGCAACAACGGGAGUCGCAUCAUAGCCGUCACUUAACUGCAUUGACAAAUUGCCUCCUCGAGUACCGACACGCCGUAUGCGCGCGAUUUCCCGAAGCACAACAUAUUCCAGUGCCUCAGUUGACUAUGGAGGAGGAUGUCGAGCCCCCUCCACCCGAGGUCUUCAUAGACUCGGAAGACGAAGAAGGAGCGGAACUACAUCCUGAGAUGGAGUUGGCCACGGCACCGCCUGAGGGCAAGAUGGACUUGGACUGA